GGAGAGCCAUGCAUAUCUGUUUAUUUUUGACACUUUGUGUAAAUAAUAACGUGUCAUUUUUGAAUAUAAAAGGUGAAAAUUAUAUCUGCUUGAAAAUAUCACAUUAAUUCAGUAAAUACAUAGUUUCUACAAAUUCUACAAAGAAGUAUAUCAAAACGUAAAAUGGCCAGUUUGUUGUGGAUUUUACCAGUGUUCGUUUUAAGUUUUGCGCUUUGCUUUGGACAAGAUUUAUAUGGCAUGGAUGGUUGUCCAGAGGCACAAUGCCAAAAUAAACCAUAUAUACCACCUGACUGCAGGAAGAAUCAAUUUACAAUCGGAUCAGAUGGCAAAACCAGGUGUCGAACAUGCGAUGCUAGCUUUUGUGAUCCGAGUGGCUGUCCACUAGCAAGCUGUCCAGAUCUAAAUAUUACAAAAGAAUGCCGAAAGCCUACUUUUGUAAUUGGACUCGACGGAAUUACAAAAUGUCGCAUGUGUGACGCAAAUGCUUGUG